AUGACCCCUCCGGAGAACCGCAAUGGACCUCGUGUCACUAGAACGACGCGCGUGUUACCUCAACAGUCAGCCAGCCACGAGUGCGCUGUGCCGCUCUCGCUGCUGGAUGCAACUACUGCCAAGUUCGCGUUGUCCAGCGCCAUCUGGCUCAUCGAACGACCGACCGUCUCGUUGACUUCGACCGAUUUGACCAAUCACCUGCGCACAGCACUUAGCUCGACUUUGGAUAGUCUUCCCCUAGAAACGAUGACAUUCCCGGUGCAUGCAAAACGAUACGGGCGCGUGCAUGUGCACUAUGGUACUACUACAGACCCAGGUGUAGAAUUUGUUGAGGCAACGAGCAUUGCAAAUGUGGAUAGUCUAUACACUGCCGAAUCCGCGAAAGAACGACCAAUUUGGAUACGACAAGGAGAUGAGGAGGCCCUCACUCAAUUUGUGCCCCUGACAGAAGUGGCACCUGCACUUGAACCCAACGAGACGGAUACUAACGGUCUUUACGGAUCGAACUUGGCCAUACAAUGCACCGUACUUGCUCGUGGUGGUUUUGUAUUAGCUACCAAGAUCGCACAUCCGCUUGCAGAUAUUACCGCACUGACGUAUUCCAUGCGAGACUGGUACUCGCCCAGUCGUGCCAUGCUUACUGCAGCGCCCUUACCAGUGCUGAGCCCAUCAUUCGAUCCGUCGCGACUGGAUGCAUCUGCCGCUGGCGACAUCAACGCCGACCCACCCACUCCCUUUUUGGAUCUACCGCUUGCUGGAAAGCCGAUGCCCUGGGCCGAAUGGGACACUAAAGCGCCAGUGAACCAAUGCACCGUUCACUUCAGCUGGAAGCAGAUCGAACAUUUGUGGCAAUCAGCUAUACAAGAGAACUCACCCACAUCUGCAGACUUGAAGAUUAGCAAACAUGACGCUUUGCUGGCCGAAGGCCCUGUUCACUGUGAUCUCACCCUCGCCACCCGACCUGUAUUCCAGCUCGACGAUUCGUUCAUAGGCUCACCUACCAUGACGAUGGAUAUUGAGAUGACGGCCGCAGACCUCGCAUCUAGGAGACUGGGAGCCAUUGCGCGUCGUAUUCGUGAGACACUAUCGACGGUCAACCAUCCACGGCGACUGGCAGCUCAUCUCCAUAGUAUUACAUGGUACGAGAAGUCGCCGCAACGCAUCUGGCAAGCAUUUCUCGGAAGUCGGCAUAUAUUAGUAACUACAGUACUUGGGCUCGCGCGGGUAUUUAUAGUAUCGAUUCUGGACUGGGAUCUCGCAUUCGCUUGGAUGGCCAUCCUCAUUGGGGACGGCCCACCAUCAGUACUCUGACAUCGACCACGACAACGUCAGGAUGGCCAGAUAAUAGAGUAGACGUCCCUAUGCCUUUGCGCUGCGAAUAUAUGG